AUGUCUGAAGUACAAGGAACAGUUGAGUUUUCUGUAGAGCUACAUAAAUUUUAUAAUGUGGAUCUCUUCCAGAGAGGGUACUACCACAUCCAGCUGACCUUGAAGGUAUCCUCAAGGAUCCCCCACAGACUGAGCGCCUCCAUUGUUGGUCAGACAGAGAGCAGCAGCCUGCACUCAGCCUGCAUCCACGAGAACACGGUACUUAGCCGAGUCUUUCAGAUCUUGUACAGGAAUGAAGAGGUGCCCGUAAAUGAUGUCAUGAUCUUCCGAGCUCACCUUCUCCUGGACGGCGAAAGGGUAGAGGAUGCGCUCAGUGAAGUCGACUUCCAGCUCAAGGUGGACUUGCACUUCACAGACAGUGAGCAGCAGCUGAGGGACGUGGCUGGGGCCCCGAUGAUCAGCAGCCGCACGCUUGGCCUGCAUUUCCACCCCCGGAGAGGCCUGCACCACCAGGUCCCAGUCAUGUUUGACUACUUCCACCUGUCGGUGAUCUCGAUGACCAUCCACGCUGCCCUGGUGGCUCUGCAACAGCCCCUGAUCAGCUUCACUCGCCCAGGAAGGGGUUCCUGGCUUGGCAAAGGUGGAGCAGACACGGGACCAGAGCCGUCUAUCAUUUCUCUGGAAAACCUGGUCUUCGGGGCUGGAUAUUGCAAGCCUGCCUCCUCUGAGGGCAGCUUCUACGUCCCCUCCGAGAACUGCAUCCAACACGCACACAAGUGGCACCGGGACCUGUGCCUCCUACUCUUGCAUGCCUACCAGGGACUUCGCCUCUACUUUCUGCUCAUCAUGAGGGACGUCCCAGGGCUGCCUCGCAUGGAGCUGGAAGCCCUUGCGGUUGAAGAAACGCUCUCUCAGCUGUGCUCAGAGCUCCAGAUGCUCAACAAUCCGGAGAAGAUAGCAGAACAGAUAAGUAAGGACCUGGCCUGGCUCUCCUCCCACCUGAUGGCUCUGUGGACCCAGUUCCUGGACACGGUGACUCUGCAUUCCCAGGUGACGGCUCAUCUCACCCAGGAGCACCACACCUUGAGGGUCCGGAGGUUUUCUGAGGCCUUCUUUUAUAUGGAGCACCAGAAGCUUGCCGUCCUGACCUUUCAGGAGAAUCUGAUACAGAGCCACAGCCAGCUGUCCCUUGAUGUCCGGAACUCUGAGUACCUCUCCAGCAUGCCCCCACUGCCUGCGGAGUGCCUGGACAUCGACGGAGACUGCAACACUUUGCCUGUGAUCUUCGAGGACCGCUAUGUGGACUGCCCUGCCACAGGACCUAAAGUGAAUGUUUAUCCUACCUUUGAUGUUCCACGGACUAAUCCUGCAAUAACAAGUCUAAAAGAGAAAGAAGAAAACCAUAUUGUAAAUAGAAAAUCAGCUUUUAGGGAAAACCUUGUCCUGGCUGCCGUGAAACCAAACCCAAAGGACCCUGCUAGAGGAAGUCUCCAGGGUCCAGGGCCAGGAGACAACACAGCUACACAGCACCAGGAGGAUGUGUGCUCAGAGUCUCAGGUAUAUCUAACCAUUGGUGAAUUCCAAAACAAAGCGAAUGUGUCUGCAGAAGAAUUUUUGACCGACCAAAGGUCUGAUGUGGAUACCUGUGUGCAGGCAGAUGUGGCCUUGCCCCGGAAGAGCCCAAGCCCUGAGGAUGCGCAGGCCCCAGCACUCACCUACAUUGAUGUGAAAUCUAGCAAUAAGAACUGCCACAGGGCCGAUCCCAUAGUGGUUGUCAGUGCUGAGUGUGAGACCCAGAGUCCUAGAGAGCAACCUGGGUUAGAGACAUCCGUGCUGAGCAAAGUGUUAGCCAAGGGAAGUCGCCCAAAUGCCAUCCCUUCGGACAAAGCAACUCUCCAUGAUGUGAAUGCUUAUGGAAAAGGAGCAGACCAGGAGGGUAGGAUGCUACUCCUUGGCCUAAAACUCAUUCCCUCGGAUCCCUGGGAAACCUCCAGCUCUGCACUGAGGGAGCCCCUUGAUGUUAGAUCUCCCCCAAAGGAUCCACACACCGAAGAACGAGAGACCCUGUCGGUGCUGGCGAGGAUCAUCAAGAGGUCUUCUUCCAUCAUUUCUGAUUCGGGCAUUGAAAGCGAACCAAGCUCUGUGGCCUGGUCUGAAGCCAGAAGCAGGGCCCUGGAGUUACCCAGUGACAGGGACGUCUUGCAGCAGUUGGUUCGAAGGCAUGCUCUGCACAGGAACUCCUUGGAGGGCGGGCACACGGAAAGCAAUACGAGCCUGCCGAGUGGCAUCCAGGCUUCUCUGACCUCCAUCAGCUCGUUGCCUUUUGAGGAUGAAGAACGGGAGUUGGCACUCACCAAGUUAACCAAGUCUGUCUCUGCCCCCCAAAUCAACAGCCCAGAGGAGACUGCUGAUGACACGGAUGCCAAGCAGCCAGGAGCAACUUUUGCUGAAGCUUUGAAUUCCCCUGAACAUGGCUCUCAGCCUUGUGGUAGUUCCAGGAUGCAGGGUUCCGGAGAAGGGUAUCCCUUUGUGGAAAUUGUUCUAGAUGCUGACAACCAGCAGGGUCCUGGUUACAUGGACAUCCCCAAUGGGAAAGGGGGUCAUCUUGAUCUUCAAAGACACUGUCAUCUUGACAGCAGGAUUGAAAAUGUGGCAGGUGUUAAAACCAAAGUUCUUAAUUUAAAAACCCCACACAUUGCAACACUUGAAAACUCUAGGGCCAGAUCUUUCCAGAGAGCGCCAAUGGAAACUCCAAAGGGCAUGCCUAUGGAUUUGACUGUGGGCAAAGGACCUUUUCCCAACAGCUGCACCGCAGAGGCUGGGAGCAUCUCCCACCAUAAGGUGCCGGAACGCAGCCGUGUAUCGGGGGCGGAGGCCCUGAGUCCGAGUCCGGCAGUUGGGUGCAGCAGUUCACCUUGCAUCAUCGAUGACAAAGUGUUGAGUAAAGGUGCCGUCACCUUCCCGGAGGCUGAACAUGAAGCAGGCAACGUGUGCCCCACUGUGACUCAUUCUGCACAUUCCCAGGUUUUGAGAAGUCAGGAGCCGAAAGGGGGCAGCUCCAUAGCCCAGCUGGCCCACGGCGAGUCUUUCACUCUGGAGAACCUGAAGGCCGUGGAGGUCGUCAACAUGUCUGUGUCUUGCACUGCUACCUGUCUCCCUUUCUCAUCUGUGCCCAAGGAGACCCCUGCCAGGGCUGGAUUCUCCUCCAAACAGACUCCGUUCCCCAUCACUCAUCAGCCUUUGGGCUCCUUUGGAGUCGUUUCUACUCAUUCCGGCAAGCUGGAGGAAGAAGUCAGUGAAAGAAUGUUUAGCUUUUAUCAGGCCAAAGAACGGUUUAAGAAAGAGCUGAAGAUUGAAGAGUUUCUGUACAGUGACUUAUCUGUACUAGCUUCUGAUAGACCGUAUUUCCCACCAGAGGAAGAGGAAGAAAAUUUGGAAGAGGGAAUUCACCUGGUUGUUUGUGUCCACGGCCUGGAUGGGAACAGUGCAGACCUCCGACUCGUGAAGACUUUCAUAGAAUUGGGCCUUCCCGGAGGGAAGCUGGACUUCCUCAUGUCUGAGAAGAAUCAGAUGGACACGUUUGCAGAUUUUGACACCAUGACGGAUCGGCUACUAGAUGAGAUCAUCCAACACAUCCAGUUGUACAACCUCUCCAUAUCCAGGAUCAGCUUCAUUGGCCAUUCUCUCGGCAACAUCAUCAUCCGAUCUGUCCUUACUCGGCCCCGGUUCCGGUAUUACCUCAACAAACUGCACACUUUCCUGUCGCUGUCCGGGCCUCACCUGGGGACCCUGUACAACAACAGUGCCCUGGUCAGCACAGGCUUGUGGCUCAUGCAGAAACUGAAGAAAUCUGGGUCCCUUCUGCAGCUGACCUUCAGGGAUAAUGCUGACUUACGCAAAUGUUUCUUGUACCAACUAAGCCAAAAAACAGGACUGCAGUACUUUAAAAACGUCGUGCUGGUCGCAUCGCCCCAGGACCGCUAUGUGCCCUUUCACUCAGCCAGGAUUGAAAUGUGUAAAACUGCUCUCAAAGACAGACACACAGGGCCAGUUUAUGCGGAAAUGAUCAACAACCUUCUAGGCCCCCUGGUGGAAGCCAAGGACUGCACUCUGAUCCGGCACAACGUGUUCCACGCCCUGCCCAACACUGCCAACACGCUCAUUGGCCGAGCUGCCCACAUCGCCGUGCUGGACUCGGAGCUCUUCCUCGAGAAGUUUUUCUUGGUGGCAGGACUCAACUACUUCAAAUAGUGACGUGGCUAGGGCAAGCCUCGGGUAACUCGCCAGGAGUCUGUGAAAUCUGUUGAGAGCUUGAGCUGACACAUGCUUGUAUGGACCUCUAUAGUCUAGGGUGGAGUUCCAACUAGGGGGAUGGAGGCUGUGAGGAUCUAGACAUGUGGGCUACUUUUGUUCUGGAUAUUUGGAAAAGCCGAGCAAAGUACGGGAUAGACAAAAAAAAGCCUUGCUUGAAUUGAUCUAGCCACCUUAAGACUCUUUUCAGUUGCUUUCUUGAAAAAAAAAAUAAACAUGAGAAAGAAACACAAUGGGUGGGGUAGGUGAGUACAUCUUUUUAAAGCACUGUUGUGUCACAGAGAUUGCUCCAAUAUGACUAGAUUUGUCCAACAUGUUAUUAGCUCAUAGCUUUAUCAUUUGAUAAGCAUUUCAAAACUCAGGUUAACCUCUGUGCAAAAGUGGAACAUAUCUGUGUAAAAAGAACCCAUGAUAGAUUCCACUGUGCUACUGGUUCAGCAAAAAUGUGAUUCCCACUGUCUCAUUCACUCUUUGUGUUUUCUGAACAAGGCACAGAGGAAUGAAUUAUAAAUCCCAAUUUUAUUUUGUAAACUGUGGCUUUCAGUAAGGAAUGAUAAAGAUGAUGCCACUGGUCAACACAAGUGUGUGAAAACAAAAUAACCAUGGGGAACCUAUUAAACAAAUG